UGAUCAUCGCCUGAAUUGACAGCCCACAAGUACAGUGAUCGAAGCGUCCUGUUUUUUGAUAAUAUUUCUUUAUCGUACGAGUUUUAAGGACUUUAGAAAAUUGCUAGCGAUGCAAUGUAUCAAGUUUUCAUCAGUGGAUACCGUUUGGCCGAGGUGUCACACGGCAAGCCCUAUUAUGUUUAUUGCAUCGAAGUACUGGAGCCAGAAACUGGUACUCGGUAUUAUAUCGAGAGAAGAUACAGCGAAUUUAGUGCAUUACAUCGCACGUUGAAAAAGGAAAAUGCGGAUAUUGCUUCGUUUCCGCCGAAGAGGGUAAGAAAUUCUCAGCCGAAGGUACUAGAGCAAAGGAGAGCUGCAUUGGAAUUGUACAUCCAGAAAAUGUUGAGGCUUUCAGCCACCAAGCAACAGGUUCUCAAUUUCCUGGGUAUAGAAAGUCGUACUGCCGGUGCAUCAUAUAAAAGCACAUACAAAGACACAAAGGACACUCAACACGUCCAUCCCAAUGUCUUUGGUCACCAUCCAGUAUUAUCAUUUCAAUGUGAUCCAUAUGCUUAUCCAGAUGGUACAUCAAACAGUCUUCCAGAUAUCGUGAUCAGCGGGGUCCUUUUAGGUGUAUACAAGUCUUGAGAAGUUGAUCAUCUUAAUAUCUCCGCCAAACGUUGAUGAACACGUGCAGAAGGAGUAGGUGCUUCCAGGAGAAAAGAGAAGAAUCAGAACUGUACAAGAUAUUCAUGUAAAGCAUGCCAAGCGAAGAUAAAUAUAUUCUCUGCCAUGUAUUUGAA